AUGCUGCCGAAAGUCGCCACUACCUUACUACAUUCUGGUUCUCGAGCAGCGACCGCUGUACAGAACCAGUCCCAUACUAUCAGAAACGUUCUACAGCUCCAGUCGAAUUCUGGACCCAAUUCGAAUCGCGGCGGAAAUGGUCCUAGUUCGGGAGGUUCGAGGUAUAACACUGGCAGUCGCAGUUACCAUGGGUCUGGCCGUGCCGUGACUCAGGCGAACACAUUUGUGCUCAGUGAUGUCUCCAUUGCCCAGACAGACGACAGCGACGAGUCUUUUCCAGUGAAACGUGUGUCAACAGCGACGACAACCCGACGUAGUCGUCGACACAGCACCAGCAAUUCGCCCCUCGUUGCUGCUGACCGACACGAACCGCUUGGUAGUCUCCAGUCACUACUCGGUCCAGGAGCAGCUCGCUGUCUGCCAUAUCUGCCAGCGAUGGUGUUCCCGAAGAUCCUCCCUCCGCCAGCUCCUCCAGCUCCUGAGGCUCGCGAUCCCAGUCCUCUCCCGGAACCGCUGUUAUCAGCCCAGCCUGCACCCGAUGUGUUUGUCUCCGAGGACUAUAAACGUCUUAUGGAUGCAAGAUCGCUGGACCCCAGCGCCGCUGCCACUGUUGUACUCAAUUUCCGUCAGACCACUGUCACCCCGACUAUCCAAGAGUUUAACGCCGCCGUUGAGGCCCUCUUUCUCACACGGAGACCCGGCGAACCUCUUACCCUUCUCCUCGAAACGUACAAUGACAUGAUUCAGCGCGGCCUCGUUCCCAACUACCGGACAUACGUCACUCUCAUUCUCGCUCUUACGGACCGUGACAGUGAGUUGCAAUGGGCCAUUGAGGGCAUUCAUCAGCGCCAAAAGUGGAAUGAGCUCGGCAAUCCUACCAUCAAGUUCAACGCCAAGGAGGACCUCAACCAGCUUCGACUCUUCCGCAAUGAGGCCAAUCUUCCAUCGAUUCUCGCCCUCUUCCGCGCGAUCGCGGUCAUGAAAACUCACCCCGGCAAUCAGAUUCCCGUCUUCGUCUAUCGCAAUCUCUUACGAUCAUGCGCAUAUCAUGGUGAUGAACCCGGCACAGUUGAUGGGGCCAUCCAGAUAUGGUCACAUUUGGAGAAGAAUUCUAGAGCUAUACCUGCUGUUUGUUUUCAGUGGAUGAUUGCCGUCUAUGGUAAAGCCAAAGAUCUCGCAGGUGCCCAGGAGGUCUUCAGGGAGUUCCGGAAGAUGGCCGACGAUCACAAGGUUAUUUGGACGGAUAAAGAGGAUAGCUCGGCGCGGCGAAACCUGAUAUCUGUGUGGAAUUCGGCAAUUACUGCCUACUUCCAGUGCGGCGAGCCUCAUUUGGCCGUUGCUCUUCUGGAAGAAAUGCUAGAUGCGGCCGCGAACCAAACCCCGAAGGAUGAGAUGAAAAUGGCAUUUGGAGUGUACCAAGCACUUUUCUACGGUCAUUUUCCUCCCCCGCCUUCGUCUUCCACGUUUACAGCGAUCAUCCAAGGUUUCGUUACAACCGGCGAUAUAGAUUCGGCUUGGAACUGGUUUGAGCAAAUUGUCAAUCUCCCACAUGGUCCCGUCGCAGCACACAUAUCGACACUCACUCCUACGCGACCAGACGCCUUUACCUGGCGUCUCAUGGUAGAGGCAUUGGUCCAGCACAACCGCGUAGAACAGCUGAAUGCGCUUUUCGCUCAUUACCUCAACAUUGGCACUAAAGAUAAAAUAGAGCUUCGUCUCGUUGAUCAAGGAUAUAUCUACGUUGCAAAUAUCCGCGACAUCGAGCGUCUAGCAGAAAAGCCGGGCAAUGAGGAAGCGAUCAAGCGACGAUUGGACACACUCUCUGCCCUGCAAGAUACCAAAUACCUUCCUUUCGACGGUUGGGACAGAGUGUGGAACUACUACUUGCAGUUUGGUUGGUUACGAGAAGCCGUCCAACUGUGUGAUCGUCAUCUUCGCCACGUCCUUCAGACCGGUUAUGAUCCUCGUCCCGCCGCCACGAAGACUCAUCUCGUGAAUAUGACGACGGCUGUUUAUUCCAAGUAUAAAGGACAAAUACCGUUUGAAGAUGCGCUCACACUUGCUCGUCUAGCACCCACAGUGCGGUACACAUAUCCGGUGGAUUACUCGACCUAUCUCCUGCAGUCAUAUAGUCUCCAGACACCUGAGACUCUAUCCAAAUUGGAGAUUCCCGACUGGGUCGUCGUCCUGCAGGCCGCGGCCAGUCUGGAAGUGAUGCCGGCAUCCGUUCCCAAGGCUUUCGUCAUUGCCAAGAUGUCUCCCGUCGCUGCUGAACACGAUCAUUUCGGUGGCUCUGCAGGUGCACUGGAGAGGAAAAGGUGGAGAGCAGUGUUCGAGUCGCUGGGUCCCUCGUUUAUGGCGGAGCUCAACAGAUAUCGAGAGUCUCUGACAUCGAGCGAAGUGAGCGAAGAAGAUGCCAGUUUAGGGUUCUCACUGGAGAGUCCAACGACGACAGCUACUACCUCGCCUAUGCUUGAGGAGAAGGGACAGACCCUCGCAGAUCCCGCGUCCGUUUCGUGGAUAACCGAUAGACAGCUUUCUGAUAGACUGCGAGAGCUCCUUCGACUGGAGAAUAACGCUGUGGAUGAGGCCUUCCGAAUCUUCAUGGAAGCAAUCCAACAUAACCGGCUCCCGUAUCGACACAUCACGGCAUCUUUGAUCACUGCUCUUGGACGCGAGCGUCGUUUGGGGGACAUGAAGCAUGUGUAUGACCUGGUGCAACUGAGGGAACCGCCGCUGGAGUCUACCGAUCCCCAGAAGUUCCAGUCUUGGAUGGCUAUUGAAGAUGCAAUGGUUCAUGCCCUGGCGCAUAUGGGUGAGAUCGAAGCUGCCCAUGUGCACCGUAGACGGAUUCUGGAGCAGGGCGGGGUCCCGUCGCCGGAUGCGUAUGGUGCGUUGAUCUACUACGUCAAGGAUACCACGGAUGACGCUUCCAAUGCCCUCGCGCUCUUCCACGAGUCCCAGCUCCGUGGUGUACGCGCUUCGCAAUACCUGUAUAACAAUAUUAUUUCCAAGGUGGCAAAAGCGAGGAAGGCCGAUCUGGCGUUGGAAUUGUUCACGCAGAUGAAGGCUGCGAGUGUUUCGGUGUCAUCUAUCACGUAUGGGGCUGUCAUUGGAGCGUGUGCACGGGUUGGGGAUGUGGCAUCUGCGGAGACGCUGUUCAAGGAGAUGACGGAACGGAAUUCGUUCAAGCCACGAGUCCCUCCAUACAACACGAUGAUGCAGCUCUAUACGACGACCAAGCCGAACAAGGAGAGGGCGUUUUAUUAUUACAAUGAGAUGUUGAAGGCUGGUGUUCGUCCCUCGAGCUAUACUUACAAGCUGCUCAUCGACGCGUAUAUGCUUGAUCCUCAUGAUAUCGCCAAGGCCGAAGAAGUUUUGGACAUUGUUCACAAAUCCAUGCACGCCCGUCUCGAGCCUAACCAUAUCGCGGCGAUGAUCAAUGCGUAUGGAUGCAUACUCAAGGACUUGGACAAAGCAAUUGCAUUCUUCGAUCGGGUCCCUAUGCUGUCUAGUGACCGUCUGUACGACGCCACGGUGUUCGAAGCGAUGAUCAACGUACUGGUUGUUCAUCGUCGGCCGGAUCUGAUCCCCAAGUACCUCAAGAAGAUGGAGAUCGUGAACGUGCACAUGACGGCGUAUGUGGCAAAUGUGUUGAUCAGGGCGUACGCCGUGGUUGGUGAUAUCGAGAAGGCGAGGGAGGUGUUUGAGGGUAUGGCUGAUCCAGCGCAGGGAAUGGCUGCUAUGAAUAACCAUGCACCAUUCAAUCCUCUGGAUUCUAGGCAUGUGGCUGUUGGUACACCUGUUUACCGGGAGCCAUCUACGUGGGAAGCGAUGGUCCGUGCGGAAUUAGGCGAAGGACACCGUGAUCGUGCGCUCGACCUUUUGGAACGGCUAAAACAAAGGCAAUUCCCAGAGGCAGGUCUAUAA